CAUUGUAAUAGCGACUGCGCAAUCAAUCGAAAUAGCACGAUAUGGUACACAUGCAUAUGUACAGCUAUACAUACAAAGUGGGGGAUGUUUCUUCUAGUGUUUCUCGCUCCAUUCGUUAGACUUACACGGUUGUAGUAAGUUCGCGUUUACAGAAGACUCAUGAUGUUUCGUUGUGCCUAAGUCGUGAACUAUAGCACCAGUAAAGAAAUAUGCAGUGCUCAGUAUAUUGCCUGUUCUCGUAACAAGAACGCCUAUGUGCUUGCAUGUGAAUGCGCCUCAAUUUUGUAUUUUUCUACAUUUCGCCGAGCGGUUUUCAAUAUGUGUCAUUGAGUUUUUUCCAUAAAUUUAUCAACUUGAUUGAUCAUAUGAAAAAUGUCGAAGCCCGGUGACAAACAAAGCUACGCGCAGACAUAUAAACUCGUCGUCGUUGGCGCGGGUGGUGUCGGAAAAUCUGCGAUCACAAUACAAUUCAUUCAAAGUUAUUUUGUGACUGAUUAUGAUCCAACUAUUGAAGAUUCUUAUACCAAACAAUGUGUUAUUGAUGACAUACCUGCAAAACUUGACAUAUUAGAUACAGCAGGUCAAGAAGAAUUUAGUGCAAUGCGAGAACAAUAUAUGAGAAGUGGUGAAGGUUUCCUCCUUGUGUUUUCAAUAACAGAUGUUUCAUCUUUUGAUGAAAUAUCAAAAUUUCAUAAGCAGAUUCUUAGAGUAAAAGAUCGAGAAGAAUUUCCCAUGCUUAUGGUUGGAAACAAAGCAGAUUUGGAUUAUCACAGAGUUGUCGAGAUUGAAGAGGCACAAAAUAGAGCUCGUCGAUUAAAAAUUCCUUAUAUUGAAUGCAGUGCAAAAUUAAAAAUGAACGUUGAUCAAGCCUUUCAUGAGUUAGUAAGAAUUGUUAGAAAAUUUCAGUUAUCUGAAAGACCACCAUUAGAAUUAAAUUACAAAAAAAAUAAAAAGAAGUGUUGUAUGUUGUAAUGCCUAAUGUGUUCAUAAUCAACAAAGUGAUAUAAAACACUUAAAUCCA